UACUUCCUAAAAAAAACUUCAUAGCACUUAAAAGAAAGAAAAAAAUACCAACAUAGAAAUUCUUCAACCAAAAACCAUCCUGCAUCAGAUUCUGAUUCGUGCAAAUUCAGAUCUUGUAUUGCAUUAGUCCCUCCUUAACACCCUGCCAUUUAAGCAAGCUACAGGGAAAUUGGUGAAGUACCAUUACUUUACUUUCCAUCUUCAUAUCUAGAAACAUUUGGAAUGUCAGAACUUCUAUUAUCAUCUCCUGUCAAAAAAGUUGAUGGUAAAAUGUUUCAUCCUACUCCAGUGAGUGUGACCAAUACAAAUUAUCAAGGAACACAACAUUUUGCCAAUAAUAUAAUAUUCCAACAUGAAAAUGCUGCAUUCAAUGAGGAAAUUGAUCCAAUGAUUGAAUACUUAAUCAAUUCAUUCUGGAAGUAUGAACAAGAUCAUUCUGAUAUAUUGGAGAACUCAAUUAUGGAAGAGAGUACCAGAAAUGAAUCUGCUCGUACAAUUUCAAAUUCACAAACACCAAGCGAUAAUCGAAUUGAAACAUAUCUAGGAGCAAAUACUCCUAAUGAUGAUUCAACAGGUCUCACGUUGCACCGGUCUCAUACUAUUGGAUGAAUUUGAUGUUUCAUAUAACAAGGAGAGAAGGAUUUUAUUUGGUGGAAGAUCGCAAGGCAUGAAAAUAUGUCUUAGACUUGAUUUAAUUGUCUUUUUGUUUUCACAUUGGUAGCAAACCUAACGUGCGUCCAAUGUAUAGCUACAUUUUGUAGUUUCGUUAUUUUGGCUUCAACAAUACUUGAGGACAUGAUAAAUUUUUUUUACAGCAAUUCCGAACUACUAGUUAGGUUUGAUCUAGGUUUUCUAUUAAGUUUGGUAAAAUCACAUUGAUCAACCUGAUUUUUAGACUUAAUUUUCAUAUAAAUAUUUACAGGACUAGGA